CGGCUAGGGAAAUGCUGCCAUGGGGGAGAGAAACAGAGACAAAUAGUCCUAGCAAGAAACUAUCCCUCCAGGCAAGGGUUGCAGAACCACCUCCUCCUCAGAGAGAAGGAUCAUCCAGAUGUGUCCAAGUCCAUAACCCCAAAGAAGAGUUCUGAAAGUCCAACACAUUCUCCCCCUCGAUCCGGACUACACACCGGUGGUGAGAGACAUAGCCACACCCCCAGUGCCACACAUAUUGAGAGGCAAUGCAGUUUUCUGCACCCAUGUUUCACACGUGGCAGAAGAUCUUUCCACGUGGCAUGCUCCCGAUCCUUGCAUCCAACAGAAUGUUCCUCCUCUGUCCAGUCCAGCUUUGUUCGGGCCAUGCUAGAGAGCUGUGACCAGCCGUCAGCUUCUAGUUCCACUCAUGUUCCUGCAAGAAGGGUGGUUGUAAGACGAGGAGGAGGAGGAGGAGGAGGAGGAGGAGGAGGAGGAGGAGGAAGAAGAGGAGGAUGGAGACGUGCAAUUGUCAACGUACAGAAUAACAGACGGUGGUCACUUGGCAAUCUGCUAGGGUGUUGGGUACUUCCCUUGCCUGCAACUGCAACUGCAACUGAUCAAGAUGAGAUAAAUCAUUUUAGGGCUUCUGGGAGCGGGGGAGGGGGAUGCCAAACUGCCAGUAGAAGGUCAGCAGGAAUCGGAGCAAUGCGAGGAGUUCAGAGGAGAGGACGGGUGGUGUGCGCGCUAGACAGAGGAGAGGAUGGUGAAAGUGGCGCUUAUACCAGUAUGAACACGCUUCGUAAGGAAGAGCAGGAGGAGGGAGGAGGAGGCAGAGGGAAGGGUGGGGCUGGAUCGCGCGUGUUUCGUGCUGGGCAGAGACGAGGGGAGGUCCGCCUACCUGCUGCUGUUUUGCGAGUGACCGCUGCCGAGGUGCUGGGAGAGCGAGGUGAGGAAAUCCUCAGCAGUAUCGGGACUGCUGUGGCAAGUGGAGUCAACAUGGUGGUCUUGGUCGAGGGUAAAGGGGGAGGUGAUACUGCUUCUGGCUUCGGUGGGGCAUCACUGUACAAUGCUGCUUGUGCUCUCCGUAGCCUCCUGCGAGGUCGGGCUAACCUCUUUGUUGCCGAGCGAGCAGACAUUGCAGCUGCUUCAGGUGCCGAUGGGGUCCUCCUAUCAGAUCAAGGAUUACCGACAGUGGUUGCAAGGCGUAUGAUGCAAGGAGCGGCCAAUGUCUCCAGUGCUGCGGAUUCUGAUGUGCUACCACUUGUUGCUCAGCUUGUUUCUACCGUUGAUUCCGGGUCGAAGGCUUCUGCAGAUGGCGCAGAUUUGCUCAUCAUUGGCAAGGGAGUGUUGGCGGGUUCAGGAUCAAAAUCAGCUGCUGGUCUUGUUGAUGUUCUCACAGAGUUACGCAGACAGGUGACAGUUCCUGUGGUUGCAGAGACGACACCUGUGGGCCGACGACUGUCAUCGAGCGACUUUGAGGAGGGCAAGAGUUUCGUCCAGGCAGGCGCAGAUGGGCUGCUGCUCGACGUACACAGUUUGCUCAAGAGAGGAGGAACGAAUGCGGAGGAGGUCAAGGCUGGUGUAUCGAAACUUCUAGAAGCUCUUGGGGCACCGAGUUUGGCAAACGUCUGGUCUGGCGUAGAUAAGCUCGAUGUCAGCAACUCGCUGAAGCCGGCAGUGUCGUCUGCGAAGUCUCUGCAACCUUCUGCUGCUGGAGAGGCGAGUAGCGCUGGGAGAUCAGCCUCCUCCUCCGCCUCUGAGGAGUUGUUGGGGAGUAAUCCAAGUGUUUGGCUAGAUGACGCUGCGUCCACUGGGGCCAUAGGACUUCCUCGUACGUUGAAAAAGGUAAUGGCCAGUCGAGCAAGCAGCGGUGCUGCACCUACGUUGAGCAGUUUGAGCUCAGAUCAGAUUCUUGAUGCGCGUGCAAAGGUCAUCAUCGAGGAGGAAAGGGUCCUCCUAUUGAAUCUCUACAACUUGCUGAAAGAAGCCAGCCCAGAGAUGAGUGAGAUUUCUCUCUUGGUGGAUGCUCUGGCACAGCUGGAUGAACUUUUUCUUCUUGUCAUUGUGGGAGAGUUUAAUUCAGGGAAGUCUUCGGUAAUCAAUGCGAUUUUGGGAGAACGCUUUCUUCGGGAGGGAGUCAUUCCAACAACGAAUGAAAUUACUCUCUUGAAGCACAGCAGUGACGGGAAGGAAGGCCGGCAGGAGCGAUCAGAAAGGCAUCCCGAUGGGCAUGUGCUGCGGUAUCUCCCAGCCGAUCUGCUGAAGCAGCUCAACCUUGUGGAUACACCAGGAACAAAUGUGAUCUUGCAACGUCAGCAGCGGCUGACGGAGGAGUUUGUACCAAGAGCGGACCUGGUUCUGUUUGUUCUCAGUGCAGACAGGCCUCUCACCGAGAGCGAGGUCUCUUUUCUACGGUACAUUCGACAGUGGGGGAAGAAAGUGGUCUUUAUCCUGAACAAGGCAGAUGUGCUGGGAAGUGAAGUAGAGAUAGAAGAAGCAAGCGAGCGUGGAGAACGGUUUGUCGAUAGAGUACUGCGGCUUUCGAACAUUCAAGCGAUGUCGAAAUACAUUUUGGGAACGGAUGCCCUAAAGAGCAGCUCUGCAACCUCUGUUGCUGUUGCUGGCGGCUUUGAGAGGGAGGUGAUUGGGACCUGUGUCAGCGAAAUCAAGGCAUUGCUCAAGGAACAGCAGUCUUUGAUGCUGGCCAAUAACAAACGGCAAGUGGACAGCUAUGUGGAGUUCACACGCGCACGGUGGGAGGACGUGUUGCCUGCAACAGAAUCUGAAGACGGGAUACUUCCCAAUAAUGUGGAAAUUGAAGCUCAGAAAAUUUUGUCCGGCGAUAAAGAUGUUGCGGAGGCAGCAGCACCCUUGGGGCAGACUGCAGUGGAGACCAUCGACGGCUUUGAUAUCAGGGCUGCCACAAUUGUGCUUGAGAGUGAACUCAAGGAAGUGGUGCUGGGGACUCUGUCAGGGACCGCUGCAGCCGGAGUGUCGGGAUACGUUCUGACAACACUUUUGCCAACGACUCUCGAAGACCUACUCGCAGUCGCAAUUUGCUCACUUGGAGGGUACAUAAGCUUACUGAACCUACCACUGAAGAGGUCAGAGGUGAAGGGGAAAAUACGUCGCGCGGCAUUAGCACUUGCAAGGCAGCUUGACCAAGCAAUGCAAGAAGAGAUGAACAGAGAAAUGAAGAGGCUGAAGGAUGCAGUGGAGGUGGUGGUAGCGCCUUACAGGGCGGCAGUGGAAGCAGAUCAAAGCCGUGUCACAGACCUUACUGCUAGACUGGAGAAUCUCGACUCACAGCUACAGGAUCUUCGGAGGCGCGUGCAGAGUUUCGCAGAAUGAGGUUUGCUUUUCUCGUUCUAUAUGAUAUACAUAUGUGUCAUCCAUCCUCUUUCAAUCAGUCUUGAUGUGCAAGCUGGGUUGGGUUGGGGGAAUACUGCACUCUCCUCUACACAUUCACCACCAGGAUCAAAUUCCGGCAUCAGUAGGAACUUACGAAGGAAGGCGGCGAUGAGAAACAAAGAUAGUCUUUCUAAAAAUAGUGAUAAUAAGUUGAAGGAUCCAAUUCCCAAUGGAUUAGGCCAUGUACCUGCUAAAAAGGUGGGGGGAGGGGAAGAAGGUCAUAUACCUGCUACCGGUGGGAGGAGGGGAUAUUGUUCAGAGGGCUCCCAGGGUAUUUAGGACAAAUGGUCUACACACGACUCUGCAGUCAUACCUGCCUGAGGGUGUAAGACCCACACUCACAACUUUAUGGGUUAGGAUUGC